AUGUCUACGCAGGCCGUCGCCAUGGAUCGAGCGCCAUCAUUUGGCUCGUCAGCCACCGAAACAGGCACAAUAGAUGAACGUGAAGGCCUGACCAAAUCGGCCUCCUUGUAUGGAGACGAGGAGGAAGGACAGAGAGGUUCCGUCGAUCACACCGACGACGAUGAUGGCCUGCCAGACGAUCAUCUGCUUGGCUCCAGGUCUGAAAAAACACAAGAACAGCCAGCCAGCUCUCGGAUUGCGCUCCUAUGGAUGCUCAUCAACACUUUGGCAACUAUCUGCAUUGUCUUCACGAACAAGGCCAUCUUCUCAGAUCCAUCAUUGAAACUUUGCCAGUUGACGUUUGCCGCCUUCCACUUCUUCGUCACCUGGCUUACACUGCACCUUCUCUCCCGACCUUCUCUUGCCCUGUUCGUCCCCCGGCGAGCUUCGAUCAAGACAUUGAUCCCUUUGUCUGUGGCAAUGUGCCUGAACGUCAUCCUUCCCAACUUGUCACUCGCCUUCUCCUCGGUCACUUUCUACCAGCUCGCCCGCAUUCUUCUGACCCCGACUGUGGCACUUAUGAAUUUCGUGCUCUACCGGGCCACCUUGCCUCGUGCUGCCAUGGUCGCCUUGAUCCCGGCGUGCCUUGGCGUCGGCAUGGUCUCUUACUAUGAUACACGACCUACAUCGGAUGCUGCAAUCAACAGCACGUCUGUGCUUGGUGUUGUUUUCGCCUUUUCAGGCAUUUUCGCCUCUUCACUCUACACGGUCUGGAUCGCCAGCUAUCACCGCAAGCUUGAGAUGUCAAGCAUGCAGCUGCUGCACAACCAGGCGCCGAUUGCUGCCUUUCUACUUCUAUACGCUAUUCCAUUUGUGGACAACUUCCCAGUAUGGUCAGAGGUGGCCCUUCCGCGGUGGAUUCUCAUCUUGAUUUCUGGCCUUUGUGCCUCUCUCAUCAACAUCUCCCAGUUCUUCAUCGUUGCUCAGACUGGUCCUGUCUCGAGCACAGUGGUGGGCCACGUCAAGACGUGCACCAUCGUGGCCUUGGGCUGGAUGCUCUCCGGACGAAGUGUUGACGAUAAAUCUAUUUUCGGCGUUCUCAUUGCCAUUGGAGGCAUUCUUGCGUAUUCUGCGGUGAUGCUCGAACAUAAAGCCAAAAGCUAG